CUUGCACGCAGAGCCGGAAGUGUAGGCGGGUGAGUCGCCUGGAACUGAGUUCUCACCACUGUAGGUUUCUGUCCGGAAAAAAAAUAACCAAACCGCCCGUAGGCCAGCAACAUGGCGUGGUCCGCUAAUAAGGCGGCUGUUGUGCUGUGUAUGGACGUGGGGGUUGCCAUGGGUAACUCCUUUCCUGGUGAAGAAUCCCCAUUUGAACAAGCGAAGAAAGUGAUGACUAUGUUUGUCCAACGACAGGUAUUUUCUGAGAGCAAGGAUGAGAUUGCUUUAGUCCUCUUUGGCACGGACAGAACGGAUAACGCCCUUGCUGGCGAGGACCAGUAUCAGAACAUCACCGUGCACAGACACCUGAUGCUACCAGAUUUUGAUUUGCUGGAAGACAUCGGAAGCAAAAUCCAACUGGGCUCUCGACAAGCUGACUUCCUGGACGCCCUGAUUGUGUGCAUGGAUUUGAUUCAGCGAGAAACCAUAGGAAAGAAGUUUGGGAAGAAGCAUAUUGAAGUGUUCACCGACCUCAGCAGCCCCUUUAGCCAAGAUCAACUGGAUGUUAUCAUUUGUAACCUGAAGAAGUCUGGCAUCUCUCUGCAGUUCUUUCUGCCCUUUUCAAUUGGCAAGAACCGUGAGACUGGGAACAGAGGAGAUGGCGGCUCGGACCACCGUGGACCCUCCUUUCCUCAAAAAGGAAUUACUGAGCAGCAGAAGGAAGGCAUCCGCAUGGUGGAGAGGGUGAUGGUGUCUUUGGAAGGCGAAGAUGGCCUGGAAGAAAUCUAUUCCUUCAGUGAGAGUCUACGGCAGCUGUGUGUCUUUAAGAAGAUUGAGAGGCGCUCCAUGCCCUGGCCCUGCCAACUGACCAUCAGCCCCAAUUUGUCUAUAAAGAUUGUAGCCUAUAAAUCGAUUGUACAGGAGAGAGUUAAGAAGACUUGGGUAGCUGUGGAUGCAAGAACCCUAAAGAAGGAAGAUAUACAAAAAGAAACCGUUUAUUGCUUAAAUGAUGACGACGAAACGGAAGUUUCCAAAGAGGACACUAUUCAGGGGUUCCGCUACGGAAGCGAUAUAGUUCCCUUUUCUAAAGUGGAUGAGGAACAAAUGAAAUAUAAAUCGGAGGGGAAGUGCUUCUCUGUUCUGGGAUUUUGUAGAUCUUCUCAGGUCCAUAGAAGAUUCUUUAUGGGAUAUCAAGUUCUAAAGGUCUUUGCAGCAAAAGAUGAUGAGGCGGCCACUGUUGCUCUCUCUUCCCUGAUUCAUGCUUUGGACGAGUUAAACAUGGUCGCCAUCGUUCGGUAUGCAUAUGACAGGAGAGCUAAUCCUCAGGUCGGCGUAGCCUUCCCUCAUAUUAAGGAUACCUAUGAGUGUUUAGUUUAUGUGCAGCUGCCUUUCAUGGAAGACUUGCGGCAAUACAUGUUUUCAUCUCUGAAAAACAAUAAGAAAUGCACUCCCACAGAGGCACAGUUGAGUGCUAUUGAUGAUCUGAUUGAGUCUAUGAGCCUGGUAAAGAAAAGCGAGGAAGAAGACGCCAUUGAAGACUUGUUUCCAACCUCCAAAAUCCCAAAUCCCGAAUUUCAGAGAUUGUUCCAGUGUCUGCUGCACAGAGCCUUGCAUCCCCAGGAACGUCUGCCCCCAAUUCCGCAGCACAUUUUGAAUAUGCUGGAUCCCCCCACUGAGAUUCAAGCCAAGGGUGAGAUUCCUCUCUCUAAAGUAAAGACCCUUUUCCCUCUGACGGAUGCUGACAAGAAAAAGGAUCACAUGACCGCUCAGGACAUUUUCCAAGACAAUCACGAAGAAGGGCCUGCUGCUAAAAAAUGUAAGACUGAGAAAGAAGAAAUUCACAUCAGUGUCUCCAGCCUGGCUGAAGGGAAUGUCACCAAGGUCGGAAGUGUGAAUCCUGUUGAAAACUUCCGUGUUCUAGUGAGACAGAAGAUUGCCAGCUUUGAGGAAGGUAAGUGGCAUGCCGCUCACCUGGUGUCCAAGAGAAAGUGGUUUCAAGUCUGCAUUAGGAGCGCUGGUGUCUCCUUGCAGUGUUUUCUCAGCACCCAUCUUCUCUGACAGAUCUGUGCUGCUUGACAGGGCUUCCUGAGUUGGCAUUAUGAGCACACUGGGGUCGGAGGCUGGGG